AUGCUUGUCUUGCGGCAACUUCUCCAGCGCGCCGCCCGCCCCAAUGCGCUCGCCUCACAUGCGUUGGCCAGGAAUCCUCUGAUGCCCACCGCCGGCGCCAAGCGUUCGCUGUUCAACAUGACGCAACGCGGCAAACUCAAGCAACUUAAGAGUUUAGAGCAGGCCGCCAACGCCAACCCAGAGGAUCCGUACGCACAGCUGCGCUUUUUACAGGAGCUUAACCGCAACAACUAUCCUGCGCUCGUGGUACGUCGCGUAGAAGAAAACCGCUUUGCUCUGGACGAGGCCGUGCAGAAGGAAUACAUUAAGGCCCUAGUCAAGACGGGCCGUCUCGAUACCGUGGACUUGCCGCAGCUGGCCCGGCCGGCCGAGGCUUCCUACGCUGGGGCCGAAGCGGCCCGUCAAUUCGGUGGCCUGGCCGCGGCCGCCCCGACCCUGGGCCGCAGUGGCCAGGGCCUUUCGGCUCACGACCCGAUGUACGUGUCCAUGGUGGAAGGCAGCUUCAAGAGUAACAUGUGGAAAACGCUGAGGACACUCGGUGUUGCCUUCCUCGUCGUGUCGGCACUGGGAGCCAUGCUGGACGAGAAGGUCGGCAAGAUCGGCUCGGCCUCCAAGGUCAUGGGCCCCACAGGCAGCGACAAGCGCUUCAGCGACGUCAAGGGAGCUGCCGAGGCCAAACAUGAGCUGGAGGAGAUCGUGCAGUUUCUGAGAGACCCGGCCCGCUUCACACGUCUGGGCGGCAACUUGCCCAAGGGUGUACUGCUGACUGGCCCGCCUGGUACGGGUAAGACGCUACUCGCUCGUGCUAUCGCUGGUGAGGCUGGCGUCCCGUUCUUCUAUUCUUCUGGAUCAGAGUUCGAAGAGAUGUACGUAGGUGUGGGCGCCCGUCGCGUGCGCGACCUCUUCGAGUCGGCCAAGCGGAAGGCACCGUGCAUCAUCUUCAUCGAUGAGAUUGACGCUAUCGGCGGAACGCGUAAGCUUAAGGAGCAGCAGGCCAUGAAGAUGACGCUCAACCAGCUCUUGGUAGAGAUGGACGGCUUUGACCAGAACAAGGGUAUCAUCGUGAUCGGUGCGACCAACUUCCCGGACGUGCUGGACAAUGCGCUGAUCCGUCCUGGCCGUUUCGACCGACAUGUGACGGUGGACUUGCCUGAUGUGGCUGGCCGAAAGGAGAUUCUCGAGUUCUACGCUGGUAAGAUCCCUCUUGGUGAGGAUGUGGACCUGGACGUGUUGGCCCGUGCUACGCCCGGUAUGUCUGGUGCGGAGCUGUCGAACCUGGUGAACGAGGCUGCGCUCCGUGCGUCGAUGAAGAGUGCUGACUUUGUGGAUAUGGACGCCUUCGAGUACGCCAAGGACAAGAUUCUCAUGGGUGCCGAGCGCAAGUCAGCAGUGAUCACACCCGAGUCGGCCAAGCUCACGGCUUACCAUGAAGGUGGCCAUGCUCUGGUCGCUAUUAACACGCCUGGGGCACACCCCGUGUAUAAGGCUACCAUCAUGCCACGCGGCCAGGCUUUAGGUAUGGUAUCACAGCUGCCGGAAGGCGACCAGACGUCCAUUUCACGCAAGCAAAUGCUGGCUCGAUUGGAUGUGUGCAUGGGCGGCCGUGUGGCCGAGGAGUUGACGUUCGGCGAGGACGAGAUCACCGGCGGCGCGUCCUCGGACAUCCAACAGGCCACUAACGUGGCCCGCACAAUGGUGACCAAGUACGGUAUGAGUGAGGACGUGGGUUUGGUGUUCCACGACCUACGUGGCAACGACACUAGUGCCACCACUCGCAAGGUCAUCGACGACGAAGUGAAGAAGCUGUGUGACGCCUCGUACAAACGUGCGAAGGACAUCCUUGUGAACAAGAACGCCGACCUGGAGAAACUGGCCCAGGCGCUGCUAGAGUACGAGACGCUGUCAGGUGCUGAGAUUGACAAGAUCCUCAAGGGCCAGCCCCUCGACCGCAAGCCUAUGAAAUAA